CCAUAUAUGGCGUAUGUACAGUAAAAAUUGCUAGACUAAAAUUAUAAGAAGUUAUUAUUUGUUUCAUUACUUUAUAUAAAGAUAAAACUUUUCCGUAAAUUACAAAAUCUAAGUCAAAUGCGUUACAAAGAUAUUACAAUUUAAUUUGAAUUCUCUUAAUUUUAUCCGUAUCGGAAGAAAAUACAAAAGAUUUGAAUAACCCCGCCUUAAUUUGAUCACGUGAUACCAUAUUUGGACAAAUCAACAACAAUGGCGACAGUGCGAAAGCGAGGAAGACCAGCAAGUUUAACGGAUUCGACAAGAAAAGAGCGAAAGAGACAAUCAGAUAGGGAGAGGGGUAAAGAGAAGAUUUUUAUCGGAGAUCAGUUAGAAAGAUGGAAUGCAGUUAGAGAAGAACUUGACAUGAAGUUCAAUCAUGAAGUUGCGGGAUUCCUACUUGACAGAUAUGAAGCAGAGCGGGAUGCACAGAAGGAAGUACAUGUUGCUUCAUCAACCCCAAGAGCAGGACUGAAAACCACACACUUGACGGGAAUCCCACAGGGAUUAUCAGACAUCUCUUCUGGAGAAUCUGGGAAACAAGCAACAGAUCCAAUCAUGUCAGGAGUUGAAGAACUGGAUGAGUCUGGUCCAGGACCAUCAACAAGCAAAAAAGCAAAGGGAAAAUUUUCUUCAUCCUUUUUUGAUCCCUUGGAAUUAAGUAUUGACAUCACAGAGGAAUCAGAGGAUGAAGAUGAUGAUGAUGAUGAUGAAUAUCAGCCAAGUUUUAACAUAUCCUUAGGGCCAAAAGAUGUUACAGGCAUUGAAGACUGCUCAGGUAUGGAAGCAGUGUUCCCAGCAGAAGAAGAGGAGGAAGAUGAGGAAGAUGAAGUAGAAGAUGCAGACUUGGGAGGGGGGCCAUCAAUCACAAGAGUACUUCAUGUUGAUGACAUUCCAGAUAAAGUGAAAACAAAUGUAAUGACUCUAGUUUUCCUGGACCAGCUAAUAGCUUUAGCAAACCUUAAAGUGACCAGGGUUUGUCAAGUGGAAGGUUGCGGGGAGGAUGUAAACAUCGUUGUACAUCACGUUGGAUCGGCAUUGUAUUUGAAAUGGGUUUGUGCUAAAUCUCAUGAAGCUGAGAAAUGGUGCUCUCAACCUCUCUUAAACAGGGGUCUACAUGCUGGAGACUUGAUGAUCUCAGCUGCCAUUCUUUUUUCGGGAAACAAUUUCCGAAAAAUGGAACUCUUUGCUAGGUUUCUGAAGUUAAGAUUUCCAGGGCAAUCAACAUUCACAAGACUACAGAACAGAUACCUUGUGCCAGCUGUUGAUGAGCUCUGGAAAGCAAAACAGGCGGAGAUAAUGGAUGAGCUAACUGACAAAAACCUCAUUAUUCUUGGGGAUGGUAGAAUGGACAGUCCAGGACAUUGCGCCCAGUACUGUACCUACACUUGUAUGGAGGAUAAUAGCAAAA